CGCAUUCAGCAAAUCGAAUCAUUACUAAGCCUUUCCCCCCAAGAUGAUCGUGUUUGCUUUGUGGGUGUAUGGGGUAUGGGUGGUAUUGGCAAGACCACCCUUGUUGAUCUUGUAUUUCACCGACUUUCUUCCCAAUUCAAAGCUUCUUGUUUUCUUGCCAACAUUAGGGAAGCAUCGGGGACUGGAGAAGGACUAUAUGAUUUGCGAAAUAAACUUCUUCGUAAUUUAUUAGGGGACAGAAGUAUAAGUAUACAGACUCCAACUAUAGACUUUUUUGUUAAAGCAAAGCUCUGUCGAACAAAAGUCCUGGUUGUUCUUGACGAUGUGAAUGACUCUAGCCAAUUGGAAUUUUUAGCUGGAAGUAAAGUUCCAUUUGGCCCCGGGAGCAGAAUCAUUAUAACAACUAGAGAUCUACAACAACUUAGACUGAUGAAAGUAUUGAGGGAAGAAGAUGACCAUGAUAUUGAGAUAUACAAAGUCGAAGAAUUAAAUGAUGAUGAAGCUCAACAGCUCUUUGUUUUGAAUGCUCCCAAAGAUAUUUUUUCAGCACCAGCUUCUUCAGAAUUUGUUAGGAGAGCUGUAGAUUAUGCUGCAGGAAUUCCGUUGGCCCUUAAACUUUGGCGUUCCUUGUUCCACAGACGUUUAUGGAAUGAAAUGAAGAUGUCUCUUGACGAAAAGCUGAAGAGUGUAUAUAGAGUAAGCUAUAAUGUACUAGAAAAGAAUGAGAGAGAAAUAUUUCUUGAUAUCACAUGUUUUUACAAAGGGGAAGAUAUAGGUUUUGUGAAAAACCAGUUAGAUGCUUGUGGUUUAUCUGCUGAUUGUGGAAUUGAAGUUCUUGUUGAUAUGUCACUGGUAACAAUAAAGGACAACCGUCUGUGGGUGCACGAUGUGAUACAAGAAAUGGGUUGGGAGAUUGUCCGUGAACAAUGUCCUGAAGAGCCUGGAAGACGCACCAGGUUGUGCACUAGUGAGGAUAUCUGUCAUGUACUCAGGACAAAAUACGGGAAUUGCAACAGUUCAGAGCAUAUCCCUCAGGGUGGAUAGUUCCAGUACUGAUGUAAACAUGACUCCUCAAGCCUUUGUGAAUAUGUAUAAUCUAAGAUACCUGAAUCUUGCUGGUCGCUUCUCUUAUGAUUGGCCACACCACAAAUUCCGCCCUCCUCAAAGUCUUACGUGUCUGCCUGAUUCCCUCAGAUAUCUUUGCUGGCCCGAGUACCCUUUCAAAUCUUUGCCAUCAAAGUUUUCUCCAAGCUUUCUUGUUGAACUUCAUAUGCGCGACAGCAAACUCCAGUCAGUUUGGAGUGAAGGCCAGAAUCCUCGGAACUUAAAAAAGAUUGAUCUUAGUUACUCAAAAGAGCUGGUUGAUAUUUCAUGCCUCCCAAGGAGUCUUGUGAGUAUAUAUCUCAGAAGAUGUAUUAAUUUGGUUGAAGUUCCAAAUCUCUCACAUUGUUCAAAUAUGGUUAGUAUAGAUCUUAAUGGCUGUGAAAAGUUGGUCGAAGUACCCUUAUAUCUUGAA